AUGGCCAAAAUUUUAAUCUUAGUAGUAGUCUUACUUCAAGUGAGCUCUUUCAUGGGCUUUGCUAAAGGGGUUUAUACUCGAAAAAAACACGCAAAACAUCUCCCAUCAGCUCCAACUCCAUCCCCUGUUCAUUCACAAUCUUCUUACUCUUUUGAUUCUCUUGAUUUGGAUCAUCAUCACAAAAAACAUCCUAGACAUCACCCAUCAUCCCCAUCCCCUUCUCCUAGUCAAUCAACCUAUACCUCCUCUAUUGAUUCUAUAGAUUUAGAUCGUCAUCACAAGAGACAUCAUCAUCAUCAUCAUCCAUCAACCCCAAGCCCUUCUCCUGUUCAGUCACCAUCUUCCGUCCAUAUUGAUUCCGUUGAUCUAGACCAUCAUGGCAAGAAACAUCAUCAUCAUCAUGCAUCAGCCCCUAUCCAUUCCCCUAUUCAAUCACCAUCUUCUUUAAUUAAUGAUUCCUUUGAUGUGGAUCAUCACCACAAGAAACAUCAUCGACACCACCCAUCAGCCCCAACCCCUUCCCCAGCUCGAUCACAAUCUUCCUCCUCUAUUGAUUCUCUUGAUUUGGAUCGUCAUCACAAAAAACCCAAGAAGCAUCACCAACAUCACCCACCAGCCCCAACCCCUUCCGCAUUUUGA